UUGAAUGAUUAGAAGACAGCCAUUCGAGGAACAUUUGAGAUUCCAAGUCUAUGAAGGCCAGUUAUGUUUGGAGCAAGGUUGAGAGAAUUUUGGAUGAAGCUAUCUAACUAAAUUGUCGUCAUGAGCAGAAGCAAGCGUGACAGCAAUUUCUACAGUGUAGAGAUUGGAGAUUCUACUUUCACUGUACUGAAACGAUAUCAGAAUUUAAAACCUAUAGGAUCAGGGGCACAAGGAAUAGUUUGCGCAGCCUAUGAUGCCAUCCUGGAACGAAAUGUUGCGAUCAAGAAGCUAAGCCGGCCAUUUCAGAAUCAAACCCAUGCUAAACGAGCCUACAGAGAGCUUGUUCUCAUGAAGUGUGUAAAUCACAAAAAUAUAAUUGGCCUACUGAAUGUGUUCACACCACAGAAAUCCCUGGAAGAAUUUCAAGAUGUUUACAUAGUGAUGGAGCUCAUGGAUGCAAAUCUCUGCCAAGUGAUUCAGAUGGAGCUAGACCAUGAACGAAUGUCGUACCUUCUUUAUCAGAUGCUGUGUGGUAUCAAGCAUCUUCACUCUGCUGGAAUUAUACAUAGGGAUUUAAAGCCCAGUAAUAUAGUAGUAAAAUCAGACUGCACUUUGAAGAUUCUUGACUUUGGACUGGCCAGAACUGCAGGAACUAGUUUUAUGAUGACGCCUUAUGUAGUGACUCGUUACUACAGAGCACCAGAGGUCAUCCUAGGGAUGGGAUACAAAGAAAACGUGGAUUUAUGGUCUGUGGGGUGCAUUAUGGGCGAAAUGGUUUGCCACAAAAUCCUCUUUCCAGGAAGGGACUAUAUUGAUCAAUGGAAUAAAGUUAUUGAGCAGCUAGGAACACCAUGCCCUGAAUUCAUGAAGAAAUUGCAGCCAACAGUGCGGACUUAUGUGGAGAACAGACCUAAAUAUGCUGGAUAUAGUUUUGAGAAACUCUUCCCAGAUGUACUUUUCCCAGCUGAUUCUGAGCACAACAAACUUAAAGCCAGUCAAGCAAGGGACUUGUUAUCAAAAAUGCUGGUUAUAGAUGCUUCUAAAAGAAUCUCUGUGGAUGAGGCUCUGCAGCACCCAUACAUCAAUGUCUGGUAUGAUCCAUCUGAAGCAGAAGCACCUCCACCAAAGAUACCAGACAAGCAGUUAGAUGAAAGAGAGCACACAAUAGAAGAAUGGAAAGAGUUGAUAUACAAGGAGGUCAUGGACCUGGAGGAAAGGACCAAGAACGGGGUUAUACGUGGACAACCAGCCCCUUUAGGUGCAGCAAUGAUCAAUGGUUCUCAACAUCCGUCUUCAUCAUCAUCUGUCAAUGAUGUGUCUUCAAUGUCAACAGAUCCAACAUUGGCCUCUGAUACUGACAGCAGUCUGGAAACAUCCGCUGGACCUCUGGGUUGCUGUAGAUGACUACUUGGUCUUUUAGGGGGGAGGGAAGGGGAGUCCUUUAGUCAUUGAUAGGGCACCUUUAAGAAAAUCAGUGGUAUUAUUUUUGAGUGUUUUUUCAAAAAUAAUUGUAGGAUUCAUUUUAAAGUGCUGUAAUUUUAAACUGUAAGUUGUGUUAAAAGCAGCCACAAAAAAUGUAUUUUUUUUUGCUGUAAUUAACUCUGUAAAAUAUUAAACCUGAUAAUUGUAUCAUGGUUUUAAAAAAUCUGCAUAUUUGCUUUACUAUUAUGCUGCUGAUCUUUUUUUACUGAAUUUGUAAGAUUUGUUUGAUCAAAGCACAUAUUAAUGUUGUCUCUGCCGUAUCAUGUAUUAUUUAAGAUUUUAUAGGUUUUUCAAUUUUUUUUUAUUAGAAGUUUUUCCAAAUGUUUUAUUCAUGAUUAUCCUUCAAAGUUAUAUGCUUGGUCACUUGUCUUACCCACGUGCAAGAGAAAAUAAUACAUUGUAGCCUGUUAUAGCUUUGGGUGUAGCUACUGUAGUGGUCGCAGUGAACACAGAAUCCUUUAAUUCUGUCUUCUUGCCUAUAACAAUUGAAUAAAAGCAGCAGUUAGUGAGUUUCAUUAGGAAAACCAUUUAUGACCCUUGACAAAGUCACCUCAUCUGAGAGGCAAUAUAAAUAUAAAGCAAAGCAUAUCUUUAUAGCUGCAGAAGUAUCCAGCCUGCCAAAAGGAGAUGGUGGCAGAACUGUGGCAUGCUGAAGCUUAUGAUCUCAAGGAGGAUACUUCAUGAAUAAUACACUGCAAUGCAAAUAAACUGUUUACUUCUACUAGCUAUUAGGCUGUUUUUGUACACACAAAACAAGGUAUACCCAGGGUAUCUAGAUUGCCAACAGGGAGAUCUAUAGCUAUAGUUCUGCAUACACAUAGCAGGUGGUUCUUUGGCAUUUAAUUUCCUUCUUAUUUUCCGUGUUAGGAUAGAGCAGUUCUAGGCUGGGUGUAUGUGUGGAAAACUCCAGCUUUUUGACCACUCUUUCUUCACCCAAAGUAACUGAUUCCUGUAAACCAAUCACUGGUGGGAGAACCUCAGGUUGUAAGAUUUCUGUAGCUAAUGCAUUGAGAGCAAUAUAUGCCAUGGUAAUGGGGGGAAAUAGCAGUGCUGGAUAAAUAGUUUUUCUCUUUCACUUCACUAUCAGACCAGCAAAGCAGAAAUCUUAAUAAUGGUUCUUUUAAAGCCAUGAAUAUUCAGUAUCUUUUAGCAUUGAAGCCCCCGCUGUCAAUGCUCUCUUUAAAAAAAACCAAACCUGUAGAUCAGUUGCUAAGUAGUCAUGUAAAAUGGUGCUGAUCCUUACAGAACUAUGUUAAUUGUUUACAUUUUAUAUUUACAGAAUGAUUUGUGUGUAACUGACUGACUUUGUUUAUGAAUGAGUAAAACAAUCAUCCAGAGUUUAUUCCUUUGAAAAGAGCAGAUUUCUCAAGAACCUAAACUAUAUUGAUUGCCUUGUGUAGAUAAAUAUUUUGUGUAGUGAAUUAAAAUGUGAAAAGGGGUUUAAAUUAGUGACACCUACAAAAAUGAAC